GGCGGGGCCGCGGCGAUGGCGGCGGCGGCGGGCCCGGCGCGGCGGAGGCGGCCGGAGCGGGGGGAGGCGGCGGCGGGGCCGCCCCCGGGUCCCCCCUGCUCCUCCGGGACCCCCGGGACCGGCCCCGGGCUGGCGCGGCGGCUGCUCGGGUUCGAGCUGCGGGACCUGACGCGGUGGCACCGCUUCGUCCGGCUGAUGCACCGGCCGCAGGACCCCGCGGCGCUCGGAGCCUUCCGCGCCGCCUUCGGGCUGCUGAUGGCGCUGGACGUGCCGCAGGAGCGGGGGCUGGGCCACCUGGACCAGCGGUACCUGGACGGGCUCGAGGUUUGUCGCUUCCCCCUCCUGCCCUUCCUGCAGCCCCUGCCCCUCGACUGGAUGUACCUGCUCUACACCGUCAUGUUCUUGGGGGCGCUGGGCAUCAUGUUGGGGUGCUGCUACCGGCUGAGCUGCGUCGCUUUCCUGUGCCCGUACUGGUACCUGUUCCUGCUGGACAAAACCUCCUGGAACAACCACUCCUACCUCUAUGGGCUGCUGGGCUUCCAGCUGGCACUGCUGGGCGCUGACCGCUACGGGUCCGUGGACGGGCUGUUCCGUCCCCGCAAGCGCAACGCCCACGUCCCGCUGUGGAACUACGCCCUGCUGCGUGCCCAGGUGUUCAUCGUGUACUUCAUCGCGGGGCUGAAGAAGCUGGACGGGGACUGGGUCAGGGGGUUCUCCAUGGGCUCCCUCGCCCGGCACUGGCUCUUCUCCCCCUUCAGGCUGGUUCUGUCGGAGGAGCUGACCAGCCUGCUAGUGGUGCACGGGGGGGGGCUGGUGCUCGACCUCUCCGCGGGUUUCCUGCUCUUCUUCGACGCCACACGGCCCCUCGCCCUCGUCUUCGUCACCUACUUCCACUGCAUGAACUCCCAGCUCUUCAGCAUCGGGAUGUUCUCCUACACCAUGCUGGCCACCAACGGCCUGUUCUGCCGGCCCGAGUGGCCACGGGGGCUCGUGGCCCGGUGCCCCCCGUGGCUCAGGGGGGUCCUGCCCAGCACGAGGCCCCCCCAGCCCAGCCCCGACUGCCACUAUGGGGGCCAGGGGGCGCGGGGGGGCCUUCGGCCUCGCCAGCACUUGGCUGCAGCCUUCACCAUCCUCUACGUGCUGGAGCAGCUCUUCCUGCCCUACUCCCACUUCAUCACCCCGGGCUACAACAACUGGACCAACGGGCUCUAUGGCUACUCCUGGGACAUGAUGGUCCACUCCCGCUUCCACCAGCACGUCAAGAUCACCUACAGGGACGGGCUCACUGGGGAGGUGGGCUACCUGAAACCAGGGGUGUUCACGCAGAGCCGGCGCUGGCGGGACCACGCGGACAUGCUCAAACAAUACUCGUCGUGCCUGAGCCGCCUCCUGCCGCGGUACAACGUGAGCCGGCCCCGCAUCUACUUCGACGUCUGGGUGUCCAUCAACGAGCGCUUCCAGCAGCGACUCGUGGACCCCCGUGUGGACCUGGUGCGUGCCCCCUGGUCCCCCUGGACCCCCACGCCGUGGCUGCUCCCGCUGCUGGUGGAUCUGUCGCCGUGGCGGCAGCGGCUGCAGGAGCUGGAGGCGCAGCUGGACGGACACACGGACACCGUGUUCAUCGCCGACUUCCCCGGCCUGCACCUGGAGAACUUUGUGAGUGAGGACCUGGGGAACACGAGCCUGCGGGUGCUGCGGGGGCAGGUGCUGGUGGAGCUGGUGGAGCAGCAGAAGAACCACUCACUCCAGGAGGGCCAGGGGAUGCAGCUGCCAGCAGGGCAGUACCACAAGGUGCACACGGUGUCCCCGGAGCCCUCGUGUUACAUGUACCUGUACGUGAACACCACGGCCCUGGAGCUGGAGCGGAACCUGACGCGGCUGCGGGAGCUGCGGGACCGAGUGCGCAACGGCACCGAGCGGUCCCCGCUGCCCCCCGAGCUGCGGCCCAUCCUGGGGGAGCCGCCCCCUGCGGGGGUCCCGCUGGACCCGCUGGUCUCGCUGUUCCUGCGGCGGGAGCAGCGGGAGCAGCGGCGGGAGCGCGAAUCCAGCCCGGCCCAGCGCCUGCGGCGCUUCCUCCGCAGGAAGUUCUUCCUCUUCCGCCGCAGCGCCCUGAUGACCCUGAUCGCCCUGCGGAACCUGGCGCUGGGCCGCCCGGACCCCGAGCGCCUGGCACAGGAGGUGGCCUUCGCCAGCUGGCGCGGCGAGGAGGAGGAGGGGGCUCGGACCGAGGGCGAGGGAGGAGCCCGGGGGAGCCCCGAGCUCUGAGCACCCGCAAUAAACCCUGGUUUUUUAAGCUAAAAAAAUCCUUCCGUGCCUCAGUUUCCCCCCCGUACCCCUUUCUCCAGGUACCCGUUUCACCCCCCCUCCCCGUAUGCUCCCCCUCCGUGUAUCCAAUUUCCCUCCAAACCCCUUCCCCUCAUCCCUCAUUUCCCUCCCCGUGCCUCAGUUUCCCCCAUACCCCAUUUUCUCGUGGUAUCCCUGUUUCCCCCCUCCCCUGUGGGUUCCCCCUCCAUGCGCCAUUUCCCUCCAUUCCCCUUCCCUCCUCCCUCAGUUCCCCCUGUAUCCAUUUCCCCCAUCCCAGGUCCCCCACUCCACUCAUCCCUCCGUUUCCCCUGUACCCCAGUUUUCCACGUGCCUCAGUUUCCCUCACACCCCACUUUCCCCUGCACCCAUUUCCCUCCCUGCUCGGUUCCCCCAAUAUUUGCUUCCCCUCUGUACUUCAAUUCCCCCCCCCCGUGCCUCAGUUCCCCCAUACCCAUUUUUCACCUCAUGUCCAUUCCCCCCAUGCCUCAGUUUCCUCUAAUCCCUUGGUCCCCCAUCCCUAUUUCCCCCCUGUACCCCAAUCUCUUCCCCUCCCAGUACCCCCCCGUGCCUCAGUUUCCCCCCUGCCCAUUCCCCCUCCACUUUAAUUUCUCCCCCCCAUUUCUGUGCCUGUUUCUCCCAUACCCGAGUUUCCCCCGUACCCCAAUUUCCCCCUCACCCCCAUUCCCUCCCGUGCCUGUUCCCCCCCCCCCAUACCCCAGCUCUCCCUCCACCCCCCCUAAACCAGAGGCGGCUCCAUCCAACCCAUCACUUCACUUUUAUUGAGACUUUUUGUUUUUGAAGUUUGCUUUUUGGACUCAGUGGAUCGAAACAUUUGGACGAAACCUCCCGAAAAUAGUAAAACCAAGAAAAAAAACUACUCGGGGGGGGAGAGAAAGCCCCCCUGCCCCUCCCCAAGGCACUUUGGGGGGCCGUGCCGGGCGGGCAGUAAACAAGCCGGCUUCUCUGUACCACACCGGCCACGGGCGCCGCGCCCGGGGGCACCCCCAGCGCUCCAACAAACCCAAUUCCACCCCGUUUCCCCCCAAACUGGUGGGGGGGUGGGGGAAAGGCAGGGGGAGGGGCGGGGGGGCUUUCAGGGGGUCAGGAGCUGCCGGCUGAGCGCGGGGGCUUCUCUGUACUCACGCCCCCACCUCGGCACACAAUAAAUACACCAAACCUUCAAGUA